AUGGGGGACAAUCCUUGGGUUCUUCAGGAACAAGUCCUGUUGGAACUUUCAGAAGUGAUAAAAAAUUCACUUUCUGAAGAUUCACAAACUCGAAUAGCUGCUUUAAGUUUACUUGAAAAAACGAAGGAUAUUGCUGAUGUAAAUAAUUAUCUCGCCUGUAUUUUAAUUAAUGGUGCCGAACUGAGCGUGCCAAUUCGUUCUGCUGCUGGUUUACUAUUAAAAAAUAACUUGCGUGUUUCAAACAUUGAACUUGCACACGGAUUGCAAAGUCUUAAUUAUACAAAAUCGACAGUUGUACGCGGUUUAUGUGAUUCUCAACCUUUGAUUCGCGGUAUAUCUGGCAAUGUUAUAACUACGCUGAUUAGUAGAUGGGGGGUUAGUACAUGGCCCGAAGUUCUCCCACAAUUGAUGGACAUGCUUUCUGGUACAACACCCAGUACCACUCAAGAAGGUGCUUUCAGUGCACUUACGAAAAUUUGCGAAGAUUCAGCUCGAGAAUUAGAUAGAGACUUUGAUGGAACACGUCCUCUCGACUUUAUGAUUCCUCGUUUUGUUGAAUUGGCUCGUAAUGAAAAUCCAAAAAUUCGUACUGAUGCUUUGUUUUGCCUCAAUCAGUUCCUUUUAAUUCAAAGUCAGUCUUUGUAUGCCCACAUUGAUAACUUCCUCGAAACCUGUUACAGCUUGGCCACCGAUACUUCUCCGAAUGUUCGUAAAAACGUUUGUCAAGCUCUUGUCUACUUGCUUGAUGUUCGUCCUGACAAGAUCGCCCCCUCCUUGGGUAGUAUCGUGGAAUAUAUGCUUUACUCGACUCAAGAUAUGGACCAGACUGUUGCUCUGGAGGCCUGCGAAUUUUGGUUGGCUAUUUCUGAACAACCUGAUCUUUGCUCUUCUUUGGGUCCCUAUCUUGAUAAGAUUAUCCCAAUGCUUCUUCGUGGUAUGGUUUACUCUGAUAUGGACCUUUUACUCCUUGGAAAUGAUGUCGAUGAUUACAAUGUCGAAGAUCGACUUGAAGAUAUUCGUCCUCAACAUGCUAAGGGUAAGUCUCGUGUAACCAUGGAUACGGAGGGUCCUGCUGGCCGUCAAGGAGGUGCGAAUGAUGAACUUGAUGAAUUUGAUGAGGAAGAUGAAGACGACGACGAGUUUGAUGACGAGGAUGAAGACGCCGAUGCCUUCAUGGAUUGGAAUUUGAGGAAAUGCUCAGCUGCAGCCCUUGAUGCUUUAUCUGCUUCUUGGAACCAAAAGUUGCUUGAGGUUAUUCUCCCUCAUUUGAAGGAAAGUUUGAUGAGCUCUGACUGGAAAGUUCAAGAGGCUGGUGUAUUGGCCCUGGGUGCUAUUGCAGAAGGUUGCAUGGAUGGAAUGAUUCAAUAUUUGCCGGAGCUUUAUCCUUACUUGCUUUCGCUUUUGGAUAGUAAUAAGCCUCUGGUCCGUACGAUUACGUGUUGGACGCUUGGCCGUUAUUCAAGCUGGGCAACUUGCUUGGAUUCUGAGGUAGAUCGUCAAAAGUAUUUCAUUCCCCUUAUAGAAAAGUUACUUAGAAUGGUGGUUGAUAACAACAAAAAGGUACAAGAAGCUGGUUGCUCUGCUUUUGCCAUCCUGGAAGAGCAAGCCGGGCCUGCUUUGGUGCCUUUCCUGGCUCCUAUUUUAACCAACUUUGCUUUUGCCUUCCAAAAAUACCAAAGGAAAAACUUACUUAUUUUAUAUGAUGCUGUCCAAACACUUGCGGAUUACGUUGGUCCAGUACUUAAUGAAAAGAGUUAUGUUGAACUUUUGAUGCCACCAUUGCUUCAAAAAUGGUCCACUAUUAGUGAUGAUGACCCAAAUAUUUUCCCAUUACUAGAAUGCCUUUCAUCGGUUGCCGUGGCUCUUAAAGAGGGAUUUGCUCCUUUUGCAGCAGAAACAUAUGCUCGCACUUUCCGGAUGCUCCAUAAUACGCUGUAUAUGAUUGACGCUUCCCAAAGUGAUCCUUCGAUUGACGUUCCCGAUCGGGAUUUCUUGGUCACUACUUUGGAUUUAAUCAGUGGUAUUAUUCAAGCACUCGGAAGUCAAAUUGCACCCUUAAUAGCACAAGCCGACCCCCCAAUGGGACAAAUUAUUGGUGUUUGUGCUAAAGACGAAGUUGCGGAAGUCCGUCAAUCGGCAUAUGCUUUGCUAGGUGAUAUGUGUAUGUUUUGUUUUGAUCAAGUUCGUCCUUAUUGUGACGCACUGUUACUAGACAUGCUACCACACAUGCAAAUGCCUUUGUUGCACGUUAGUGCUUCUAACAAUGCUAUCUGGUCUGCAGGAGAAAUGGCGUUACAAAUGGGUAAGGAUAUGCAACCAUGGGUAAAACCCUUAUUGGAGCGCCUUAUUUGUAUUAUACAGUCCGGAAAAGCGAACAGUACAGUACUGGAGAAUGUUGCCAUAACCAUAGGCAGAUUAGGCAUGUUUAAUCCCGAAUUAGUUGCUCCUCAUUUAGAGCUCUUUUACCAACCAUGGUUUGAAAUUAUCAAGACCAUUGGUGAAAAUGAAGAAAAAGAUUCUGCCUUCAGAGGAUUCUGCAAUAUCUUGGCAUGCAACCCUCAGUCCUUAUCAUAUCUUCUUCCCUUGUUUGUUGCAUGUGUUGCUGAAUAUGAAAAGCCUUCGAUGGAAUUGCAAGAUAUGUUCCAAAAGAUUUUGCAGGGAUCCAUUGAAAUGUUUAAUGGAAAAGCAGCAUGGCAAGCUUCACCGGAUAUGAUGGCACAAAUUCAAUUACGUUACGGGGUAUAG